CAGCCGCGGAGACAAACGAGUACUUCAUCAAGUAGAUCCUCACAAUCGCCCAAUUUCUCCCGCCCAUAUCUGCAACAGCCAGUAACAAGGAAGCCGGUUCCAAGAUCAACUGGCGCUCUUCCCCUUGCAAACGCAGCACCAAUAUCACAUCAAACCAUCAUCGUAACACAAAAACCACAUAUCAGCAAAGGCCACCAACCCGUUCGCACAAAAACACGACGACGACCAAAAAUGGGAACCUACUUUUUAACAGGCGCCAACCGCGGCAUUGGCCUUGAGUUUGUACGCCAACUCGCCGCCAACCCCUCCAACACCAUCAUCGCAGGCGUCCGCUCCAAAUCCAUCGACCUAUCCGACCUCCAUUCCUUGAAUUCAAACAACAACGUCCACAUUGUCGAAUGUGACGUCAGCUCCCUCGAAUCCCUCUCCGGCAUCGAAUUCCGCGUCGCCGAGAUCCUGAGUAAAAAAAGCUGCAACCUCGACUUCCUCUUCAACGUCGCCGGCAUAAAUGCUACCAGCAGCGACACGAGCCUUACAUUUGACCCAAAAAGUAUGGCCGAGCACAUGCAAACCAACGUGCUUGGUCCCGCAAAAAUCGUUCAGAGCCUGCGCAAGUACCUCGCUCGUGGCGCCACUGUGCUGAACAUGUCGUCUGGACUCGGUAGUCUGGCUGUUGCUUCGGAGAUUACAAAGUGCUGCACGUACAGUAUGUCCAAGGCUGCGCUGAAUAUGUUGACGGUGCAUCAGAGUAAGGAUCUCAAGGGGAAUGGCGUCAAGGUUGUUUGUAUGGAUCCGGGGUGGGUUAAGACGAGGAUGGGAGGUGAAGGGGCGGUGCUCGAAGUGCAGGAUAGUGUGAGGAAUAUGCUGGAUAUUGUGGCGAGGCUAAAGGAGGCGGAUAGUGGAAAGUUUUAUAGACAGGAUGGGGAGAUCGUGCCUUGGUAAGGCGGUAACCAUUUGGAAAUAUAUAUAUAUAUCACUUUUAUGAUCUAUGUAAGUUGGAAACGAUGCAUUGUGAGAAUGUGG